AUGUCGGCACAACCAUCGGCUCAGCCUGCCCAACAGGCGCCGGCGACAAGUCAAGCACCCACAACCGAGUCCUCCAGCUCAAACUCCAACGGCAACACACCCGCACCCUCCACAUCGACGACAGCGACAUCGCAGUCCAGCGAUGAUUCGUUGAUCUGCCGUUGGAACCAGUGCAGCGAGCGUUUCCCUUCGGCUGAGGCCCUCUAUGAUCACAUCUGCGAGCGUCACGUGGGUCGCAAGAGCACCAACAACCUCAACCUCACGUGCCACUGGAACUCUUGCAGAACCACGACUGUCAAGAGGGACCACAUCACCUCUCACAUCAGAGUCCAUGUACCAUUGAAGCCGCACAAAUGUGACUUCUGUGGCAAGUCGUUCAAGAGGCCUCAGGAUCUGAAGAAGCACGUUAAGACACACGCCGACGACUCGGUUCUUGCCCGAUCACCCCAGGAUCCCAACGCAAACUUGGGUCCCGGUGCUUAUCGCGGUCACACCAGCAAAGCUCCUUCUAGCUACUAUGAUCACAAUGGCCAUGUGCGUACUAACUCGGCAUUUGGUCAGCCGCACCAUCACCAGAAUGGACACGCUAGCUAUUAUUCCCACCCUCCAGCCCCUUACGGCGGUGGUAUGUACUACCAGCCGCCUCAUAUGGGACCUCGUGGUGAUAUCUUUGGGCAUCCAGGCGCAGGGGCUUACGAUUCGCGCAAGCGUGGUUACGAUGACCUGAACGAUUUCUUUGGAAAUCUGAAGCGUCGUCAGUUCGACGCUUCGUCGUACGCCCACGUCGGCCGUUCCCUGGUCCCUCUGCAUGGUGCCCUAUCUGUCCAUACCGGUGGUGUUGGUGGCAUGGCCACCGAGUACAUGGCUGCUGCUCCGCCGCCUUCCAGCGCUGUCUCCAUGGGAGGCGCCGGACCCUUGGCCCAGCACUACUACCUUCCCCCCAUGCCCAGCUUGAGGACCAAGAACGACUUGGAGCAGAUCGACCAGAUUCUGGAGCACAUGCAGUCCACCGUUUACGAGAACUCAGGAUCGUCUCCUGGUGCUCACUACGGUUCGGCCUCGGGCUACGACAUGCGUCACCAGUCUCCGGUCGGCAUUCGCCCACCCAUGAGCGAUCACUACGGCCAACAGCAACACUCGCCCAUGACGGCGGUUUCUUCUUCGCACGGCGGCUCCCCGGCUGUCACUCCUCCGUCCAGCAACCUUUCAUACACCUCGGGUCAUUCCCCUGGUGCUUCUUCGGCUGCCCUGUCCCCGAGCUCCCGCCAAGGAUCCUCAAUCAGCUAUCCUACACUCCCUGCGGCCGCAGGGUCUUCAGCCACCGCUCAACUCGGCUCAAACUUCAGCUCCGUCGAGAGGCGCCUAUCUGGAGGCAUCCUGCAGAGCGCCAGCCGGGACCGGGAACGCGAAUCAAGCUACGAUGGUGCAUCCACGCCCCGUGGCCCAGAAUCCAUCGGAUCGCCUUCCGCAUCCUCAGAUGCCUCGGGCUCCGAGCCAGAGUCGUACGACUCAUGGGUUCAGAACAUGCGUACCAUCGAGGCCCUCCGGGAACUCGUACGGGAGCGCCUCAGACGCGGACAGUACGACGACGUCGAAGAAUCGGUUGACCUGCCACCGAUCAAGACAGAGAGGCCUGAGGAGGAGCAAAAGCCUCUUUACCCUUCUCUCCGCAUGUCAUAG